AGCGUCGUCCAGCAAAUCUUCCGCUUUCUGGAGAAGGCAACCAACACAAGCCAUCCUAUGGCAAAGUUCCACCUGGCUGGAUGUUAUCGAAACGGGCUUGGUGUCGAUCAAGACCACACCAAGGCUGUCGAGAUAUAUCGUACUAUCGCCGACCGUGGGAUCUCUCAGGCUCAAGUCGCCCUCGGUCGAUGCUACGAGAGUGGUGAAGGUGUCGAUCAGAGCUUCACCACCGCGAUCGAGUGGUAUUCCAAGGCAGCAGAUCAAGCCAACGAAGACGGUCGACUCCAUAUCGUGUUCCUCCGAGGAUGGUUCUCGCUCAUUGGCCAUGAUGUCGAGCAGAGCGAUGAAACUGCCUUCAACUACUGGCAUGAAGUCAGCACCCAAUCCACCGACCCAGUCAUCAAGCCCAUCGCCACGCACAUGCUCGGGUGGAUGCACUACCUCGGCCGGGGCACCCAGCUCGACAAACAGAAGGGUGUCAAGAUCAUCCGAGAUAACCAAUCGGAAGAUUUCCCACUCGGGGAGCAAAAUAUCUUGACCGUCGUGUAUGCUGAGCCGUGGAUCAACUCCAGUCCACCUGCACCCCGCAAGCUGUUUGAGCUGUGCCAACUGGGAUCAGAUCGUGACUGGCUCUGCAGACAUCUUAUGGCCGUGUGUUUGGUCAGUGGACUGGGCUCUCGUGAGCAGCAAGAGAAGACCAUCGGCAUCUUUGAAAAUCUCGCGAGCGAUGGGCACAACGACAGCCAGCUCUGGAUAGGACGAUUGUACUGGCGCAGCUGGAGAGUAUCGAGAAACCAUCAGGCCGCAUUCAAGUGGUUCCGCAAGGCUGCCGAUCAAGGCAAUUCCUACGGAGAGUACAUGGUGGGCUACUUCACCUUCAAUGGAAUCGGGGUCCCCAAAGACCGCACCAUGGCGGUCGAGUGGUUCCGCAAGUCGGCCGAGCAAGGCAAUCGGUACGGGCAAGCUGCCCUUGGCUAUUGUUACGAGCGCGGCAGGGGCAUUACCAAGAACCUCGAUACAGCGAACUUCUGGUAUCGCAAGUCUGCAGAUCAAGGCUUCCAAGAC